GCCACAACAGAAACAGGAGCACAUUCAGGCACACUUGUGGCUGCAUGUGGCAGCCAUUGUUGUUGGCAAAACGCCUUCAGAAGCUCGUAUAUAGUCCAUCCGCUCUGCUAAGAAGCUCUUCUUUUGUCUGCUUGAUUUAGUAUUCUCGUACCCAUUCCCUUGUUUAUCGCCUCGCGAAAGCCGUCAUGCUGGGGUGGUUAGGUCUAGGGCAAGUCCAGCCGGAGUUUCACGCGGACGACUUCUCGCCAGAGGUUGACGUAUCAGGGUUACCAGAUGGAGAUGAGGCCUCGGCGGAGCUGCUCAGCUGUGACGUCUGGAAGGAACCCCUGCCUCUCGGUUCCGAGCGGCUACGGGCGCUGCUGCGGAUCAACAACUUCAGGGACGAGCUGCGGGCUCUGAGGCACCACUUCCUGCACAGCAGGGAGCUUAGGGUGGUGGCGGCAACAUGGAACGUGGCGGGCAUAUCGGACCCGCCUUCCCACCUGGACCUCACAGCCUGGCUCUCCCUGCAGCAGCCUGCCGAUAUCAUCGCCAUAGGCUUCCAGGAGAUAGUCCCCUUGAGCACGGGCAGCGUGCUGGGGAUGGACACGGAGGAGGCAGUGGGGCAAUGGGAGGCCCUAAUUCGCAGACAACUCAACGCCGCCGCUGCCAAGGCUGCUAGAAAAGCCACUGCCAAGGCCAAUGCUGCUUCCAGAGGGUCGAGCAAGGCGGCUGGCGAUGCUUCUGGGGAUGGUGCUGGGGGCACCCCUGGUGGGGAUUCCCCUGGUGGGGUAGCAGGCAGAGCGCGCAGUGGUGGUGUUUCUGGCCCUGAAACAGCAGAGGAGAAGGAUCAAGGGGCAGAGCAGGCAAGGACGGAUGACGGCAGCGGCAGAGCGGGUGACGACGCAAGCAGCGUCAGCAGUAGCGGCGUGCAGGGCAGCGUGAGCAGCAGCAGCAUGCCGGGUAAGGCCACGCCCUCGCUCAGCAGCAGCAGCAGCCUGACCUUCCACAACAGCAGCUUCCGCUCCCUUGACAGCUCUGCAGGAUCCGUUGGCAGCUCCACAAGUCCCAUUGACGCUAGCAUUGCCUCCACUGCCACCGUCCCUGCCAUGCCCCAGUGGGAGCCAGGCGCACUCAAACAAGACGCAGCACCAGCAGAUAAGACCUGCCCGGAUAUGAUCUCCCCGGAUAAGAUAUCGCCUGAGGAUCUGAUCAGCGUGCCGCUCACCCCUGCUGGCCCGACCCUCCCAGAGGAAAGGGAAGACUCGAGCAGAGAUGGGGGGGAUGGGGGGGAUGGGGGAAAUGGGGGAGCGGAUGGGGAGGAGGAGAGGGGGGACGCACUUGAAGGGGAGGGGGGGGAGGCAUGGAAGGCUGGGAAAAGGGAAGGUCGGGGAGGGGUUGAGGGGACGGGAGGGGAAUGGGCGGGAGGGGAAGAGGAGUGGGAGGGAGAGGAGGGGGAGGGGGGGGAGGUGGAGGAGGCGUAUGUGAAGGUGGCUGGGCGGCAGAUGGUGGGCGUGUAUCUCAUGGUGUGGGCGCGCAAGGGGCUGAGGAGGCACAUCCAUGGGGUUAAGGCGAGCACAGUGGGCUGUGGGCUCAUGGGCAUACUGGGGAACAAGGGCAGCGUGGCAGUGAGCAUGACAGUGCACGAGACGUCCUUCGUCUUCAUCUGCGCGCAUCUCAACGCGGGGGAGGAGCGCGCUGAUGCUGCUCGCCGUACCUUUGACUUUGUUGAGAUUCUCCGCCGCACCGGGUUCCCCCGGGAGCUGCCUGAUCCCUGGACUGCCAGACUGGCAGAGAGCAUCACCGAGCAUGACCGCGUGUUCUUCUUCGGCGACCUCAACUACCGCCUGGAGCUGCCGGAUUCGGAGGCCCGCGCGCUGCUGGCGAAGCAGGACUGGGAGGCGCUGCUCAAGCACGACCAGCUGCGCUGGGAGCUCUUAGAAGGCGGGGCCCUACCCGGAUGGCAAGAAGGCCCCAUCUUCUUCGCCCCGACCUACAAGUACGCGGUGGGCAGCAACCGGUACGUGGGUGAGGACGAGGAGGACGGGGAGAAGCGCCGCACGCCUGCGUGGUGCGACCGCGUGCUCUGGUACGACUCGGGGGACGCCACCGGCAGCACGACUUAUGUGAAUGAGAGCAGCAUCAGCAGCAGCAGCAGCGCGGCCUACUCCAGCGACGCCCUGCAGCUGGUGUCAUACUCGCGGGCGGAGCUGCAGCUGUCGGACCAUCGGCCCGUGGCGGCGGUGUUUGCGGUGCAGGUGGAGGUGGUGGAGAGUGAGAGCUUCGACGCCGCUGUGGCGGUGGCGUGCCGACAGCUGGACGAGCGGCAGCAGCUGGCGAUUCCCCACUGCUCGCUCAGCGCCCAUGCAGUUGAUUUCGGAGAGGUCCCCUACGCCUCUGUCAUCCGGCGCACCAUCGAGCUGCACAACCUGGGCACGGUCCCAGCGCAAUUCUCUGUGGCCCCUGCGGGCAGCAGCGACACCUCAGCCCCGGGGCCGGCAGGGGGGUGUGGGGCGUGGGUGGUGGCGGAGCCAGCAGCGGGGGCAGUAGCGCCGGGGCACACGGUGACAGUGAGCCUGCACACGUGGGUGGCCGUGCCGGGCACGCGGGUUGACCAGCUGGUGGAGCGCGGGGGCCUGCUAGAUUUGAUCCUCGUGGUGGCGAUUAAGGGCGGCGGGGAUCUCUUUGUGGCGUGCUCCGGCAACUACGUGCCGUCCUGCUGGGGCUUAAGCGUGGAAGCCCUGGCAGGCCUCAAGGACCCCAUCCGAUCCCUCUCCAUCGACGCCAUCGCCAAGCGCCAGCGCUCCUCCCUCCGCUACAGGCGCGCUGGAACUCCCUCUGCUGCUUCUCCUCACAGCUCCAUCCCAGAAGCAUCUGAGGGGGGCACUGCUGAUGACGAUGCCAUUUCUGCUGCUGUGAACGGGGAGGAUGGGCUGACAACGCUGGGAGCAGGCAAGGGGCUGGGUAGGCCAAGUGAAGGAGCACCAGCAGCAGGAAAUGCGUCCAACGCAUCCCAUGCUUCCAAUGCCUCUGAUGCAUCUGAUGGUGCGUUUGAGGUGCCCAAGGAGGUGGGGCGCAUGCUCUCGUUCCUCCUGGACUCCGGCCACGACAUCUCCUCCGCCUUCGACCCCAUCGCCCUCAGCAUCCCCCUCUCCGUCGACGAGGACGACCUCCGCGCCGCCCGCUACCCCUCCUCGCACUCCACCCCUCACCCUCACUCUCACGCGCGCAGCGCCAGUCUCUCCUCAGACGUGCUCUCUGCCGCUGUCAGCUCUCUCACCUCCACCCCUGAAAGCAGCUUCUCCAGCGACCCUGCAAGCAGCACCAGCGGCAGCAGCAGUUUCGGCAGCAGCGGCAGGAGCAGCAAUGCUUCUCCAGCCGGUGUCCUACCACAGCUGUCUCGCUCGCUCAGUCGAGGCGGGGUGGCGGGGCUCUCCACUGCUGCAGCUCUGGCUGUUGCAGCAGCCGCAGGGGCGGUGGGCGCGGCUGCAGGGGCGGUUGGAGCGGCAGCAGCGGACCUUGCAGCAGGAGGAGCAACAACAACCGCAGCAGCAGUAGGAGGAGGUUCAGGAGGAGCAGGAAGCACAGAAGAAGGUCCGGGGUCGCCUCAAUUCCUCGCGGCCAAGGCAGCAGCGCUGGGUGCCGUGGCACAGGAGCUGCAGAUUGCUCCAAUCCGCCUCGCCCUAGACACGGGCACACCCUUCCCUCCCGAAACCGCCCCCCUCACCAUGGCGCGUGCCCUCGUCUCCUUCCUCCUGGCCCUUCCAGAGCCCAUCAUUCCAACAAGCCUUGGGGAGGAGGUGGCGUGCAGGGAAGGGUGGGUCCGGGGGGCUGCUGCCACGCUGCUGGCUGAGAGGCUGGGGGCAGUGCAGCUGGCGCUGGUGGACUCGCUGCUGGCGCUCAUUCAGGCGCUGAUGCGGAAUCGGAUUGCGAAUCGACUCGCUAUACAUGAGCUGGCUGCCAUCCUGGCGCAUUGCCUCUUCGGCCCUGUCCCUGCUUUCACAAAUGACUCCAUGGGGAUUGCGACCGCAACGGAUGCUGGGAGGAUUAUAAAGCGCCGGAGAAGAUUUAUGCGGUUACUGAUUGAGGAUACCCGUCUUCGCUCCAAGUGAUGGUAUUCAGUGGUUCUACAAACCGCACAAACGUUCUGGCUAUGUGAUCUAACAUGAUAUGUUUGAUGCUAAAUGUGAAUUCUAUGAAACUAUUUGAGAUAUGUGCUGUUGCCAAUGU